GUCAUGUGAAGUAUUGACGUUGCACGGCCAUUUUUGAGUUUAGCAACUUUAAAAACAAUCCCGAUCAGCGGUGCAUAUGUUUGUAACAGCAUUGGAGUGGACUAUUAACAGGUUGCUUUCCUGUGUCUGUAUACAAGAUCCUACAAAACAUGCGUCUUUAUCAAACCGCGCGCUUUAAACACACUUGCCUCGGAAAAACAGUGUUUAGUGUUAAGGAAUCCCUCAAAACACUGGGUGUUGGUUCAGGACGCCUGCUGGAUAAGUUUUCGUGCACAUCUGUGUCUGAAUCGUUUCGUCUGUCGAAGGUAAAAACAAACUUUUGGCAUGGGUGCAGACCGCUUGUUUAUCAACCACAAAGCGUUUGUAACGCACACCGGAAACAUGUUACACGUGGAUUUUCAUCAAAGCACGCGUAUGAGGACGCUUUUGGCAAGGCACGGGAUAAACCCGAAACGUUUUGGAACAAGGCGGCAUCUGGGAUCACUUGGUUUGAACACUGGACCAAAACUCUGGAUAAAACCGAUACAGUGUUUCCCAAAUGGUUUGUUGGAGGAAAGCUAAAUGUGUGCUAUAAUGCUGUUGAUCGGCAUGUGGAGAAUGGGAGAGGUGAUCAAGUGGCUGUUAUUUAUGACAGUCCGGUCACCAACACUAAACAGAUCAUCACCUACAGAGAAUUGCAGGAGCAGGUAUCCAGGUUGGCUGGUGUACUGGUGAAGCAUGGUGUGAAGAAGGGAGAUCUGGUGGUGAUUUAUAUGCCCAUGGUUCCCCAGGCCAUGUUCACCAUGCUUGCCUGUGCCCGUAUCGGUGCCACCCACAGCCUCAUAUUUGGGGGAUUUGCUUCCAAAGAGCUCUCCGUCCGUAUCGACCACGCUAAGCCCAAGUUGCUGGUGACAGCGUCAUUUGGAAUCGAGCCGGGCAGAAAAGUGGAGUACAUUCCCCUGGUUGACAAAGCUCUGGAGCUCGGCAGUCACAAACCACACAAAGUUCUCAUCUACAACCGUCCAGGCAUGGAAAAGGUGUCCAUGCAUCCUGACCUCAGCCUGGAUUGGGAGGAGGAAAUGGCCACUGCUCGCCCUCACGACUGCGUGCCCGUCCAUGCACAUCAUCCGCUGUAUGUCCUCUACACAUCUGGCACCACAGGCACUCCGAAGGGUAUAGUCAGAGAUUCAGGAGGUUAUGCCGUGAUGCUAAACUGGACUAUGUCCAACGUUUAUGGAUUGGCUCCAGGUGAGGUCUGGUGGGCUGCGUCAGACUUUGGCUGGGUGGUAGGACACUCAUAUAUCUGCUACGCUCCGCUUCUGCAUGGUAACACUACAGUGAUCUACGAGGGGAAACCGGUGGGGACUCCGGACCCUGGGUCGUUUUUUCGUGUGAUGUCUGAGCAUGGCACGGCUUCAAUGUUUACUGCUCCCACUGCUAUCAGAGCCAUUCGCCAGCAAGACCCUCAGGCAAAACACGGGAAACAGUAUCCGCUCAGCAGGUUAAGGAACCUGUUUGUAGCAGGAGAACGCUGUGAUGUAGAGACUCUGGAAUGGGCCAAGAAACAUUUCGGAGUCCCAGUGUUUGAUCACUGGUGGCAAACUGAGAGUGGCUCUGCCAUCACUGCCUCCUGUAUUGGUCUGGGUUGCUCACUUACUCCCCCUGCUGGAACAGCAGGUAAAGCUGUACCAGGAUACAAUGUGACCGUGAUUGAUGAUGAAAUGCGGCAGGUGAAACCGAGGACUCUGGGAAAUAUUGUUGUAAAGCUUCCUCUACCUCCCGGGGCUGCUCUUAGUCUCUGGCAGAAUGACAAGCUUUUUAAGGACCUGUAUUUCACCAAGUUCCCUGGCUACUAUGAUACCAUGGAUGCAGGUUUUGUGGAUGAGGAAGACUUCCUGUACAUCAUGUCAAGGUCUGAUGAUGUCAUCAACGUCGCCGGUCACAGGUUAUCCACCGGUGCCCUUGAAGAGGCUGUCCUCUCUCACCCUGCUGUGGCUGACUGUGCCGUGGUGGGGCUUGAGGAUUCUCUGAAGGGACACGUACCUCUGGCUUUAUGCGUGCUUAGAAACGACUGUCAAAAGAGUAAAGAUAUCUUGGUGAAAGAAAUUGUGAGUUUGGUCAGGGACAACAUCGGCCCGGUGGCAGCUUUCAGGAAGGUUCUCUUUGUCAAAGUUCUUCCCAAAACUCGCUCUGGAAAAAUCCCACGAUCGUCUCUUGCAAAACUGGUCAACUCCAAGUCUUACAAGAUCACUCCCACCAUUGAAGAUCCAGAGGUCUUUAAGGACAUUGAGAAGAUAGUGAAAGAAACUCUUAAAGGGACUGAUAAAUAAUUCACCAUGAGAUGUGGACCAACACGCACUUUCAUACUGAGCCAUUUUCCACCCACAGAUGUGAAAUUUUGCCAAACAUUUUGAAUAUAACAUAUAGAAAAUAACUAUGAUACAAAGAAGAAGUUAUUUCUUAAAAGGAUAGUUUACCUCACAAUAAAAAUUCUGUUAUCAUUUACUCUCCCUAAAUCAGUUUUAUACAUACGAGUUUCUUUAUUAACACAAACAAACAUAUUUUUAUAAAUAAUGUAAAAUAAUGGUAAGUCAAUGGGUAAGUAAAUGGUGACAGAAUUAACUAUCCCUUUAAUAUACCAUAAUAUCUUAGUAGUCUCUAUAAAUGAUAGAAACAACGAUGAUUUAAUGUGGACCAAAUACUGUAUACAAGCUCAUUUUUAAUCCCACUGGUAUAAGAAAAUCUCAUGGCAUGAUCAUAUUUCUCCCUAAAUGAAAAGAACAAAUACAAAAUUAUAUUUUGCAUAAAAAUUGAAGCCUGAUUUUAUAUCAUUAAGUUUUUUGUAUUUUCAAUACACUUAAGCACAUUUUCCUAAAUUUCCAUUAGCGUAAUGUGUCCAAAAGCUUUUUAUCUGAUUAGAUUAGAUCAGUUAAUAUGGAUCAGCAUAAAUGCAUUACGACAAACUAAAACAUUUAGACAUGUAGUUAAAUACAUUGUGAUUUUUGCUAAGCUAAGCAGCUAAGCUUUAAUUCUUUUGAUUUUGGGGUGAAAUCUGACUCGAGACAUUUUGUAUAUUUGAGUGAAUGUCAACCAAAUACAGCAAAUUUCACUGUAUAUGUUCAAUGUAAUGAUGUAUUGUAUACUGUCAAUGUAAAGACACGCUUUCAUAAAAACAAUGAUUUUCUAUGAACAAAACCUA